AUGUCUUUCACACGCUUCAGUGUGAACUCAGCGGCAAAGUUCCGCGGAAACUAUGGCGUUCAAUAUACUGGCUUGGCUCCAGUCCAAACAGCAAGAACUCAGAUGAUGGCUGGAGAGGGUGAAGCCGAAGCCGAAGGCGAGGGCGAGUCGGAGGAAGCAGCUGCUGUUCCAGCUGUUCCAGUGGUCCCAGUCGCCGACAAUUAUGAGGCAGCAACCAAUGCCGACGAUCUCAUCACCAAGGCUUUGGAGCAUGGGACACUCUCUGCUGCCCAGGCUAAGGCCAUCUUGGCUGCUGCAAAAGCUGCAGCUUCCGCCGAUGCGGCCAAGGUCGCAGCUGCGAAGAAGAUCGUGGAGGCUGCCAAAGAUGCUGAGGGCGAGGCUGCCAAGGCUGCCACAGAUGCCAAUGAGGCUGCGGCAUCAGCGGCAGCAAAGGUGGCUGCUGAUGAGAAGCAGCUCCGUGCAGACGAGGAUGCUGCUGGUCCCCCUGCUGCGAUCGCGCAGCAGAAGCAGGCUGCUCUCAACUCUGCCAACCAACGUCUUGCUGCUGCCAUGGCUUAUGCUGCAACACAGACCCGCAACAUGGAUCGUGCUCUGGCUGCCGAAACCGCUGCCAAGGAAGCUGAAUCUGCUAGGAUUGCUCUUGCGGAAGCCAAGGUGAAAGCCGACAACGCCGAAGUCGCUGCCCGCAACCUGGCCGACGUCAGCAGCUUCUCGGGAUCUUCCAGCGGAAGCAACACCAUUAGCUCAGGUGGCAAGACGCGCGACAGCUCUCUCGGCGAGAAGAUCGGCAUUGCCGUUUUCUUCCUCUUGUUGGCGGGCGCUCUUCUCUUCUGGUGGUUCCAGUAUGGCAGGGGAAGUGGAAGUGAAGGCCAGGGUAUGACUGAUGCCUCGCAGUCCAACUACGGAACAUACACUCAGGCACAGAGCUAUGGUAGAGAAGACACUUCGGUUUAA